GAGUAGAGUUAAGAGUUGAGUGGUUUCCUUUCUAUUACAAAAAAACCCUUUAAUUCCCUUUUGUGUCUCCUCCUUUUCUUCUGCCAACAUAAAAAGCCUCCACCCUUUCUCUCUCUUCCCCCUUUUCUCUUCUUCUCUUUCUCUUUCUCUCUCCGCCCCCCUAUCAUCACCUCCACCUCCACCACCACCGUCGAGUGGUCGGUCGGAAUUCAUUCUUCCUGGGUGCUUCCACCCACCCUAUCACCGCCGCCGCCACCACCACCACCACCUUCUCCUCCGCCUCGAAACUUGCUUCUUCUUAUCAUUUGAAUUGAAUCAACAAAUCAUGUCAGGACUCUACAAUCCAAACUUCUCCCCAGCAAGAGCAGUCUCUCCUCAGAUUAGAAGCGCCGCCGCUGCCUCUGAUGAUAGUCAGUACUUGACGGAGUUAUUGAAUGAACAUCAGAAAUUGGGUCCUUUCAUGCAAGUCCUCCCCAUAUGCAGCCGCCUCCUUAAUCAAGAGAUUUUGAGGGUUUCUGGUAUGUUGCCAAGUCAAGGGUUUGGUGAUUUUGAUAGACGUCAACAUAGAAGCCCCAGUCCUAUGGCAUCUGCAAAUAUAGUUUCUAAUAUUCAUGGAGGUGGAUAUGGUGGAUGGAAUGGCCUGCAACAAGAGAGACUGAGUGGUCCACCUGGAAUGUCGAUGGACUGGCAAGGGGCACCUGCGAGCCCUAGCUCAUAUACCGUGAAAAAAAUAAUGCGGCUGGAAAUACCAGUAGAUUCAUAUCCCAAUUUCAAUUUUGUUGGUAGACUUCUGGGACCCAGAGGAAAUUCUCUGAAACGUGUUGAGGCUUCGACUGGUUGUCGUGUGUACAUUAGGGGUAAAGGAUCAAUUAAGGAUCCAGACAAGGAAGAGAAGCUUCGAGGAAGACCUGGUUAUGAACACCUGAAUGAGCCGCUUCACAUUUUGAUUGAGGCUGAUAUGGCUCCCAAUAUUGUUGACAUAAAGUUGCGCCAGGCUAAAGAAAUUCUAGAAGAAUUGCUGAAGCCUGUGCAGGACGAAUCACAAGACUUUUACAAAAGGCAGCAACUUAGGGAGCUUGCUAUGCUGAACUUGAAUUUCAGAGAAGACAGUCCUGGUCCAAGUGGAAGUGUAUCUCCAUUCAAUACUAGUGGGAUGAAGCGUGCUAAAACAGGACGUUAAUUAUUAUUCCGUAUGUCUGAGUCAUGGAGCUGCCUCUGCUAUGCGUCUGCGUCGCGUCAACGUCAAAAGGCUCACCUCCCAAAAGUGCUGACUGUCAGAGUGAGCACAACAGCUGCAUAUAGGGCAACAGUUGUUCGUGGUGAGCUAAUUGGUGGGUCAUUUCCCGUCGUUUUUCCUCCCUUCUCCUAUUCUAUUUGUCAUCUUAAGGUUUUUAUUUUCUUUUUUUCUAAUCUUAAUUAAUCUCUAUUCUGGGAGAAACAGUUUGGAAAGGGUAAAAAGGAAGAACAAAAGAAACUAUUUCCAAAAGAAAAAAAAAAGGGAAAAGUCAUUAUAGUGUUUUUGGGUUAAGUUUUUUUGGCAUUCUGUCAGGUUCUUGUAAGUUGUAAGCUAUUAUAUUCAUUGGAUUUAUUCAUGUGUUAGCAAACGUGAACAGUGUGGGUAUAUAAAUAUAAGUAUGAAUAUUGCACAUUUGGGCAUUG